UCUUUAUCGAAGCGUUUUUCACGCCUCUGCAUCUCAUCUACGCCGUUUGCGCUGCCGUCGGUUAACGACCCUUCACCAAAGCCUCUCCCCCUUCAAGCGAACGGUUGUUCGUCUUGGCAUUUCCUCAUCUGAGUUAUUUAUCAUUUAUUUAAGAAUUCAACUUUUGGCAUCACACGGGCAUCUCCAGGGUAAUGCUGCGAGAAGAGAAGGCAUCUUCACCACGUAAACAAAGAUCGCCAUCAAGUUGACGACGUCACUCAUACUGUUAUCAAGCUGACGUCAUCAUCCAGUAGAAGGAUUUUAAUGGGCUGUUACAGAUCUCAUAAAUACAGUCAAGUGAUCUAAUCCCAUAAACUCAUUGUGGAUUAGGCACUCACCACAUCCACAUAGAUCCUCAGAGAAGCAUGAGCUCACACAAGAGACCUGUCCGGGCUCAGCCCGAUUCUGAAACCAGUUCCUCUGUGGCCCGUGACCUGACCGUGGCAACUGGAGAAGAGUGCUCCGGCCUCCUGACCAAGCUGAUGGAGCUUCCCGUAUCCCGUCUGUCCCGGCAGCAGCUGAAACGGCUGGAGGAUCAUCAGUACAGCAGUGCGGGACGGUCCGUCAUGGAGUCCUUCAUGCAGGGAUACUGGUGCUGGCUGGUGAGCAAAGUGCCUCUCUGGAUGGCUCCGAACCUCAUCACUAUAGUGGGACUUGCUACCAAUAUUAUCACCACUCUGAUACUGGUAUACUACUGCCCUACUGCCACCGAACAGGCACCAACGUGGGCAUACUUAGCCUGUGCUUUGGGUCUGUUCAUCUACCAAUCACUGGAUGCCAUAGAUGGGAAGCAGGCACGACGGACCAAUAGCAGCACGCCACUCGGCGAGCUGUUUGACCACGGCUGUGACUCCCUUUCUACAGUGUUUGUGAUCCUGGGCACAUGUAUAGCAGUUCAGAUGGGUACUCACCCUGACUGGAUGUUUUUCUGUUGUUUUGUGGGCAUGUUCAUGUUUUAUUGUGCCCACUGGCAGACGUAUGUUUCUGGAACACUGCGCUUUGGCAUAAUUGAUGUGACUGAAGUACAAAUCUUCAUUAUAACCAUGUACUUACUGGCUGCCAUUGGAGGAACAGCUUUUUGGGAGUCUGUGAUCCCUGUGAUGAAUAUCCAGGCUAAAAUAAUACCAGCCAUUUUCACUCUUCUGGGUGCCGUUUUCUCCUGCACAAACUACUUCCGGGUCAUUUUCACAGGUGGAAUGGGCAAAAAUGGAUCAACUAUUGCGGGAACAAGCGUUUUGUCUCCAUCCUUCCAUAUAGGAGUGGUCAUCACACUUGCUCUAAUGAUCUAUAAGAAGUCAUCGGUGCAGCUCUUUGAGAGACAUCCCUGUCUAUACAUCUUAGCUUUUGGGUUUGUCUCGGCCAAAAUCACCAACAGACUGGUGGUUGCUCAUAUGACAAAAAGUGAAAUGCCGCGUAAUGACCUGGCCUUCACCGGACCAGCGCUGCUGUUUCUGAAUCAGUACUUCAACAGUUUCAUUAAUGAGUACUGUCUUCUGUGGGUCGCUCUGGUGCUGUCAGCGUUUGAUCUGGUGCGGUACUGCGUGAGUGUGUGUAACCAGAUCGCCACACACUUAAACAUCCGUGUCUUCAGCAUCCAGCCUCCAUCUCCAUCCAGAGUUCAGGCAGACAGCAAAAAUCACCACUAACCCCUGCUCCUCAAACACCUCCAGUAGGUCACGCACUUCAGUGAAUGUAAAACACAACUCACAGAGACCGAGCCCAAAUGGCUGCAUUUACAAACUUUGUUCUCGUAAUGAAGAGAGGAUAUUUGAAGGCUGAAAGGGAAUGUUAAAAAGAAUAGGCAUCCAACGGUUAUAACACCAUUCAGUUGCCAGUAUUGCAAUGUUAGAUGACCAGUUUUGUUUUGCCAGUUUGUUUGUAAGUCGAAGAAUAGAAGAUCUGCCACAGAGGCCACAACUACGAAUGUCCAAAGUUGUUAUAUUUUUCAGUUUUAAUGUUUGUUUUGUGUUUUUUUUUUUUUUUUUUUUUGGCCAGCAGUGUAUAAUUUAAUCCGUUUACGACCAACGAUACAUCUGAAUGUAAUUAUGUAAUAAUUACAGAAUGCCAUAGGUAUUAAUUGUGAACUUUGCGGCCAUUUACUUACAAACUUACACACCAGUACACAUCACUGUUGCCAAUAC